GGCCGGAGCGCGGUGAGGCGGCGGCGGAGCUCGGAGGCGGCCGCAGCGCAGGAUUUUUCAUUCCUAGGGCGUGGCUGGAUGGAGGAGGAGAAAAAGCCCUGGAGAUUCUGCACGAGGAGGGGCAGCAAACCCAGCCCAGGGAGCUGCGGGGAGGAAAGAGCCCCCCUGAGCCGGGAAGGCGGCCGGAGAUGCAGCCAGAGCUCAGAGCUGGUGGAGAAGCCCCAUGGCAGGGAGAAGCCCCACAAGUGCUUGGAAUGUGGGAAGGGUUUUAGUCGGAGCUUAGACCUGAUCCAGCACCAGGUAAUCCACACUGGGGAACAGCCCUACGAGUGUGAGGAGUGUGGGAAGCGUUUCAGCUGGAGCUCCAGCCUGAGGCAGCACCACGUGAUUCACUCUGGGGAGAGGCGCUUUGAGUGUGAGGAGUGUGGGAAGAGCUUCAGCCACAACUCUGUCCUGAUCCAACACCAGAGGAUCCACACUGGGGAAAAGCCCUUUGAGUGUGGGGAAUGUGGGAAGAGCUUCAGCCAGAGCGGCAACCUGAUGCGACACCAGAUGAUCCACAGCGGGGACCGGCCUUAUGAGUGUGGGGAAUGUGGGAUGAGCUUCAGCCAGAAGGGCCACCUUAUGCAACACCAGAGGAUCCACACAGGAGGAAAGCCCUAUGAAUGUGUGCAAUGUGGGAAGAGCUUUAGAUACAGCUUUGGCCUGAGGAAACAUGAGAGGAUCCACACUGGGGAAAAGCCCUAUGAGUGUGGGGAGUGUGGGAAGAGCUUCAGCAUGAAGUGCCUGCUGACAAAACACCAGAAGAUCCACUCUGGGGAAAAGCCCUACAAGUGUGGGGAAUGUGGGAGGAGCUUCAGAGAAAGCUGGGCCCUGAUUCGGCACCAGGUGAUCCACACGGGGGAACGGCCCUACACCUGCUUGGAAUGUGGGAAGAGCUAUGGGUGGCACACUGAGCUGAGAAAACACCACCAGCGUGUUCACUCUGGGGAGAAGCCCUACAAGUGUUCUGAGUGUGGGAAGAGGUUUCAGACCAGCUCCAGUCUCCUCGUACAUCAGCGGAGUCAUAAAGAGGAGAGGCCCUUCUGCUGCCCUGACUGCGGGAAGGGUUUCCAGCAAAACUCCAAACUCACCAUCCACCAGCGUAUCCACACCGGGGAGAGGCCCUACAAGUGUGGGGAGUGUGGGAAGAGCUUCUCACAGAGCUCAAUCUUGACCAAACAUGGGCAGCUCCAUGAUGGGGAGAAGCCCCACACGUGCGUGGAAUGUGGGAAGAGCUUCAGGUGGAUCUCCAACCUGAUCAGGCACCAGAGUAUCCACACUGGGGAACGGCCCUAUGAGUGUGGGGAGUGUGGGAAGAGUUUCAGUCAGAGCUCCCACCUGAUCCAGCACCAGAGGAUCCACACUGGGGAGAAGCCCUACGAGUGUGGGGAGUGUGGGAAGAGCUUCAGAGAGAGCUCCCACCUGAUGAAGCACCAGAGGAUCCACACUGGAGAAAGGCCGUACAAGUGCUCCGAGUGUAAGAUGUGCUUCAGCCAGAGCUCCAGCCUGAUCCAGCACCAGAGGACCCACACUGGGGAGAGGCCCUACAAGUGUUCCAAGUGUGGGAAGGGCUUUCAGACCAGCUCCAAUCUCCUCCAGCACUAUCGGAUUCACAGGGAGGAGAGGCCCUUCCAAUGCCCCGACUGCGGGAAGGGAUUCAGGCAAAACUCCCACCGCAUCACCCACCAGCGCAUCCACACAGGGGAGAGGCCCUAUGAGUGUGAUAAAUGCAGGAAGAGGUUUCCGACCAGCUCCCAUCUCCUCCGGCACUAUCGGAUUCACAGGGAGGAGAGGCCCUUCCGCUGUCCCGACUGCGGGAAGGGAUUCAAGUACAACUCCACCCUCGUCACCCACCGGCGCAUCCACACUGGCGAGAGGCCCUACGAGUGUCCCCAGUGUGGGAAGAGCUUCUCCAGCAGCUCUAGCUUGACCCAACACCAACGGAGGCGCCACUAAGGGAAGCCCUGCGAGUGCCCCGAGUGCGGGCAGAGCUUUGUGCGCUGCUCCAGCUCCAUCCCCCAGUGGAGGAGGCACUUUGGGCACAGCCCUGGUCACUCACAUUCCCUGUGAUCCAUGUUGGGAACACACCUGGCUGCUUCGCCUUUUUGGUUUGGCCUUAAUUUUCCUCUGCUUCGCCUUCAUCCUUUAAAAACACCUAAAACUGGAUUAAAUGAAGGAAAUUGAUCGAAUAUAUCUGACAUUGCAUAAUUUCUCAGUUGUUUUAGAGGGAAUUUAGGUUUUGGGGACAGGUUCUGUGUGGAGUGCUGCUGUUGCUAAGAGGCAGGAAUUUGAUCCCACCCUUCUUGUGUUGCUAAGAACUCCUCCCCUGACCCAAACCCCAAUUCCACCCUUGGGAUACCCUAUAAAAACUCCACGGCUCUGCCUUUGCCCUGUCUUUGGGGCAUAAGAAAUGGAUUCCCAAAGGAUCAGCCCUUUUCCCACAGGAUUCCGAAGGAUCACCCUCAUUCUCCACUGGAUUUCUAGAGGAUCAAGCUUUUCCCGCUCGAUUCCCAAAGGAUCAAACUUUUUUCCACUGGAUUCCCAGAUUGUCCACCUUUUCCCGCUGGAUUCCCUGAGGAUAUAUAUUUGCCCACUGGAUUCCCAGAGGAUCAGCCUUUUUCACUGGAUUCCUAGAGGAUUCUGACUGUGUCACUGGUUUUUUUUGUUUGUAGUACUGC